UCUCAGUACUUUGAUCUAGUCUGGAGCAUCCUAAAGUUUGUGUAAUCCCGAUACACAAACAUCGAAAUGAUCCAGACGUCCUUUUUUCUCGUGUAGCGGAAGUGAAUUGGGCGGUUAUCAAUCUCCUUUCCGCAAGUCGCAGGCAGUGGACAUAUAAAACAGUUGAAAGUCUCACCCUCCAUUUCCUGGUUUGUGGCAAACUAGCGACUUCUAAAUAAGAGUAUCGUCUACACACGGAUACGAAAGUUAUUUCAACAGGAAACUAACCUACAGUACUUCUUGCGUGUUAUCAACAGCGUAGGAUCACAAUGGCUUCUGGUGUUGCACUUUCAAACCAAUGUCUUGACAUUUACUCAGAUCUUCAGUUAAGGAAGAAGUAUUGGUACAUUAUUUACAAACUGACUGAUGAUCUGAAGGAAAUUGUGGUGGAUAGUGUCAAAGAACGGGUGAAAGGAGACAAUCUUGAUGCAAAGGUGGUCUUUGAAGAAUUAGCUCAGAAGCUCAUAGCUGCUGAAAAUACUGUGAACGAAGCAGGAAAGAAAGGAGAGGGACGAUAUGCUGUGCUAGAUGUUCACUACGAGACUGAAGGUUCCAGAACUUUAGAUAAAGUAGUGUACUUAACAUGGGUGCCCGAUACUCUCCCAGUAAAACAAAAGAUGUUGUAUGCCAGCAGUAACAAGGCUUUGAGAGGAAAGUUGACUGGGAUCCAUGUAGAGAUACAAUGCAACGAUUCAUCUGAGCUGAAAUUCGACGAAAUUAUUGAAACGUGCCGUAAAAAGAGUCGCGAUUGAUUCAUCAGUGGAUUAUAGAACAGCCUUUUUCUUUUCUUUUCUUUUUUUUACUACUGCAUUAAAGAAAUUGUUAUGGUAUGUUUCAAGUAAUCUAAGAAAGAAGAAAUUUAAAUAGAUGUUAAUCAUUCAGUGUGUGUAGGCUCUGCAUAAACUAACUACAGGAUGUAUUUAGCAAUGAAAUAAAAAAAUGUUUUGCAACAAAUUAUA